UCGUCAGUUUUGCAAUUUCUUAUUUCAAGGGAAAAAAUUCACGUAAACUUCACGUACUAGUUCAGCUCAUAUAACUCCAAUGUAGAGACAUAAAGACAUGACUUUUCUUUUCUUAGAAAAACAGUGUGAAGUAGUUAUAUUUUUUGAAUAUUUUCCAUUUUGUAUUUUGCACCAUAACUAAAAAAAACACAUACAAUUUCCGGUUCUUACUCGCACAUUGUUUUUAAUAUUUUCUCUUCCACCUUCUGGAGUAUUAUGAAUUUUUAGCCAUUGUUUUACUCAAUUUUUUAUAUAUUGCACAUGAUAAAUUUUAUAAAGAUAAAAAUGUUUUCUUGUUCUCGAUGUCCAAAGAAGUUUGUUAAAAUGCAUUUGUUGCGACAACAUGAGCUUGUGGGCCAUAGCAAUCACGCAAAACGCUUGUCUGGCUGUUGAUGAAGAGAUAGCCAAGUUUAUGUCGCUGCAUUGUGAACAAUGCAAUGAAGAGGCGACCAACUUUACAGCCCUUAAUCGGCAUAUGCGUGCUGAACACAACGUGCGAGGCUACGUCAGAUGUUAUAAUAAGCAAUUUUCUAAGCAUGGUUUACUUGUUGAGCACAUACACGCCCAUUUAAAUCCUGCAUGUUAUAGUGAGAACUGUAGUCGUGUAUUUCCCGAUCGUAAGUCCAUGCGUAAUCAUUUUCUUAUGAAACAUCAAAAGGAUGAAGGCAAAACAUUUGCUUGUUCUCAGUGUCCCAGCAAAUUUGUUACUGUGUACCUAUUACAGCGUCACAAAGUGAUUGCGCACCGUGAUCGUACCAACACUUGCAAAAGUUGUAACAGAAGAUUUAGUACAGGUGUUCUGUUGUCUGCUCACAUCAAGGAGCAGUGUUUAUGCGAUACGUGCGGGAAAGUUGUGUGUAACACUGCUGCGUUUCAACGGCAUCUAUUGAGACAUAAAAACUGCCUUUCGGAAUCCAAAGAAUUGCGCACCUGUGAUACUUGCCAAAAGGUAUCAACAAGUCAACAAGACAUGUUGGCUCACAAACUUUGCGCUCAAAAUCCAUUACGCACUUAUGAAUGCAAUACGUCCUCUAUGCACGAUAACUUUCCAUUUCAGUAUCCAUAUGCAAUCACAUCCCAAGAAAAUGCAUCCACAAUGCUCGCGUAUUCGAACCAUCCAUACUCCGUCAAUCGCCGUUGAAUGAAUCAAGCAGUAGUAGAAAGUUGCGCAAAAUAAAAUUAUCUAACAGAUUUUAGUAAAAUCAAUUGCAAAACAAUUGCAAAUCAAAUUAAACUAUUAGUUUAUUUUCAACUUAUAACUUCACUCGUGAAUAGAAUAUUGGAAGGCCUAUUUCAUUUAUACAGGUCUAUCGCUUACAUCGCCUGUUGAAGUGAAUACAUGUCCACUAAUUGUUUUAUUAUUCAAAAGCACGUCUUUUAUACGUCGACAAUACAUGUAAUAAAAGUUACAUUUUUAAUAAUAAUAAUUUUUUCUUUCUGGAUUAUGUAGACAAAUUUCUUGCCAAAGAGAAGUAGAAGGUGUUAAAU